AUGCCUCAAUUGUCCAAUAGCGUCGUGGUUGCAGCUAUCCAAUCAGCCCCUGUGUCAUUUGAUCUGCCAAAGAGCCUACGAAAAGUGGCUCAGUUCACCUCGCAGGCCGCAGCCGCAGGUGCUGACCUCGUCGUUUUCCCGGAGGGGUUCCUGUCUGCAUAUCCAUGGAGGUAUGCCUUUGAUGCAACAAUCGGCACGCGAGAGCCUCGAGAAGCAGGCCGCAAGUGGUACUCUCGAUACUACAACUCAGCUGUUGCCAUUCCUUCACCAGAGCUGGAUCAGUUAUGUGAGAUAGCCAGCAACAACAACGUUCACCUUCAAGUGGGAAUCAUAGAAAAAGACGGCGGAACUCUCUACUGCACAGCGUUGCUUCUGAGUCGCGAUGGUGCCGUCUUGUCCCGACAUCGCAAGUUGAUCCCAACGGCAGCUGAGCGGUUGGUUUGGGGUAGAGGCGCCGGUGAUGGGCUGGAUGUUGUGGACCUUGAUAUUGGCAAAGUCGGAGGGCUCAUCUGGAUUUACAUUGCCCCAAACGCCGAUGAUCUGCCAAGUUGGAUCGCAACAAUGCAACAUAUUGCGAAAGAAGGGCGAUGCUUUGUUAUAUCCGUAAAUCAAUUUUGCAAGGUGUCUGAUUUUCCUUCUGACUACCCCCCAUUUACACCAGAACACUACGACCGCAAGCCCGACGGGUCUCGAUGGGAGGCAGAAGACGUCCUGAGCCAUGGCGGUUCUUGUGUGGUCGGGCCUCUUGGUACCUUUGUUUCGCAGCCAGUGUGGGACAAAGAGGAAAUAAUCCUCGCAACUUUGGAAAUGUCCGAUAUUGUAGAGGCUCGGUUGGACUUUGACCCCGUUGGUAGCUACUCGCGGCCGGAUAUCUUCUCAUUGACCGUGAGCAAAAAGCCUGGGGUAAAUGUAGCAUUUGAAGAGGCUGUCUAG